CAGCAGCAGACCGAGCGCCGCCGAGGCUGCGGGCCCCAGACCCGGCCGGCGGGGACCGCUGCGACGGCAGGGCGAGGGCGGAAGGUCUGAUCCCGCUCCUCGGCCGCACACCGGGUCUCGCGGGCCUCGGCGUCCAACUUUUCCCCAGCCUCCCUCCCCUCCCCCGAAAGUCCAGCAACAAAGAAAAGGAGUUGGAGCGGCAGCGACGCGGGGGAGGCAGCCCGUGGGCGCGCAAGGGAAGCGGUAUACAGUUAUGGCCACCCAAGUGAUGGGGCAGUCUUCUGGCGGAGGGAAUCUGUUCACCAGUGGCAACAUGGGCAUGGCGCUAGGCAACGACUUGUAUGACUUUCAUGAGCUCUCCAAAGCGGAGCUGGCAGCACCCCAGCUUAUCAUGCUAGCCAAUGUGGCCUUGACAGGGGAAGUGAACGGCGGCGGCUGCUGCGACUACCUGGUUGGUGAAGAGAGACAGAUGGCAGAAUUGAUGCCUGUUGGGGACAGCAACUUUUCAGAUAGCGAGGAGGAAGGGCUUGAGGAGCCUGAGCUGAAAGGCCACUCUGGUGGGCUGCAGAGCGUGGAGCUGAGAGGGUUGGAGCUAAGCGCUGGAGAGCCGCCGCCGCCUCCUCCCCCUCCGCCCGUGUUCGAGGCCGCAGCCACCCCAGAAGUGUUCGGCUCUAAUAAGGACCUUCCUCCAGAAGCCUUUGGGACCGAGGACAAAUGCAAGAGUUCGAAGGCCAAGCCCUUUCGCUGUAAGCCAUGCCAGUACGAAGCAGAAUCCGAAGAGCAGUUUGUGCAUCACAUCAGGGUUCACAGUGCUAAAAAGUUUUUUGUGGAAGAAAGUGCAGAGAAACAGGCCAAAGCCAGGGAUCCCGCCUCGUCCGCUGCAGAAGAGGGCGACUUCUCCAAGGGCCCCAUCCGCUGUGAUCGCUGUGGGUACAACACCAACCGCUAUGAUCACUACACCGCUCACCUAAAGCACCACAGCAGAGCUGGAGACAGCGAGCGCGUCUACAAGUGCAUCAUUUGCACGUACACCACAGUAAGCGAGUAUCACUGGAGGAAACACUUGAGAAACCAUUUUCCGAGGAAAGUCUACACGUGUAGCAAAUGCAACUAUUUUUCGGACAGGAAAAAUAAUUAUGUCCAACAUGUUCGAACUCAUACAGGAGAACGCCCUUAUAAAUGUGAGCUCUGUCCCUACUCGAGUUCUCAGAAGACUCAUCUAACCCGACACAUGCGCACUCACUCAGGUGAGAAGCCGUUUAAGUGUGAUCAGUGCAGUUAUGUGGCCUCUAAUCAGCAUGAAGUGACCCGACACGCAAGACAGGUUCACAAUGGGCCUAAACCUCUUAAUUGCCCCCACUGUGACUACAAAACAGCAGACAGAAGCAACUUCAAAAAACACGUAGAGCUACAUGUUAAUCCAAGGCAGUUCAACUGCCCGGUAUGUGACUAUGCAGCUUCCAAGAAGUGUAAUCUACAAUAUCAUUUCAAAUCUAAGCAUCCUACCUGUCCCAGCAAAACAAUGGAUGUCUCCAAAGUGAAAUUAAAGAAAACCAAAAAGAGGGAGGCUGACUUGCACAGUAGCACCAUCACCAGUGAGAAGACAGAGACAGAACAAACAAAAACAAAGGGCGAUGUGUCUGUAAAGAGAAACGAGAAGACCAUAAAAGUAGAGCGAAAAGAUGUUUCAAAAGAGAAGAAGCCUUGUAGCAGUGUCUCGGUGGUCCAAGUGGCUACCAGAACUCGCAAGUCAGCGACCGAGACUAAAGCAGCAGAGACGAAACAUGUGGAUGUCCACACAGGAAAUACUUCAGAGAAAUCCUGUAAAGCCAGGAAGAACAAAAGAAGGAUGGAUGCUGAGGCCCGUUCCUUGGAUGUUCCUGUGAAUGAGGAACCAGUGACAAAAAAGAAAAGAAAGACAGAAAGCAAACCCAAAAAUACUACGGAAGGGCCAAAGGGGGACAGCAGAGUGGAGGAGAGUAAGGAAGACAAUACAAAGCAAAACGCUUCCCGUAAGAAAGGCGCAAAGAAGAAAACUCUAAAACAUAAGUCCAGUAAGAAAGGCAGCAGACCUGCGCAGAAGGAGGCAGGGCAGACAGAGCCUCCUCACUCCGAGCUGGCUCAGGUGUCUGCAGCUCCCAUGCUAACUCAGGUGGCUCUGACAGGAUCCACUCAGACCGAGCUUCCUUCUCCCAUGGAUGUUGCUCAGACAGGGCCUGCUCACAUGGAGGUUUCCCAGACAGGGCCUCUUCAGGUGCAGCUGCCGCCUCCCUCAGAGCCUGCCCAGGUGGAGCUGCCGUCUCCCUUGGAGUCUCCCCCUCCCACGGAGGCUCCCCAGAUGGCACCACCGCCUCCCGUGCAGCUGCCUCAGGUGGAGCCUCCUCUCAAGGAGCCUGCCCAGGUGGAGCUGCCUCAGGUAGAGCCUCCUUCUCCCGUGGAGCAUUGUCAGAAAGAGCUGCCUUCUAUGGAGCGUGUUCAGAUGGAGGUUGCCCAGAUAGCUUCUACUCACCCGGGGUCUGUUCAGAACGAGCCUCCUCCUGUCAUAGAGCCACCUCCACACGCCAAGCCUGUUGCCAAAAGGUCAUCUCCCCGGAAAGAUUCUACAAAGGAGAAGAUGCGGAGUGAGAUGUUGCGGCAGGAGCAGGCCCUUAUUGGAGUUGGCUUAGUGCCUGUUAGAGAUAGCCAGCUUCUAAAGGAAAGCAAGAGUGCACAGGAGCUGCAGGCCCCGCCGUCACCACUGCCAAAGGGAAACUCUAGAAGAGGAGAGACACCUGAGGGCCAAAACAUAGUCUCUGAUGGGGAAGGAAAUAAAAUAGCCCCCCUCAAGGAAGCAGGAACAGAGGGGGCCGGUGAGGGGGAGAGUCUGGUUGAGCUUGCUGCUUCUAAGGAAUCCACUACCAGUGUUUCUUCCUCUGAACAUGAGCCAGAUGGUGAGACAUUACAUGCUAAGUGCCAGGCAGGCUCCACUGCGCUGUGUGAGAUGGACGUGGCCACUGACCAGAACACAGCAGACAGUGUCCCUGUGAAAGACUCGACAGCGGAGCCAGUGUCGCCUCUUACCCCGUCAGUCGAACCUGAAGCAGCUUCUGCAGCUGUGAUGGCCUCACCUCCUAUCACUUUGGCUGAAAACGAGUCUCAGGAAAUUGAUGAGGAUGAAGGCAUCCACAGCCACGACGGCAGUGACCUGAGUGAUAAUAUGUCAGAGGGCAGCGAUGAUUCUGGACUACAUGGGGCUCGGGCAGUGCCACAAGAAGCCAGCUCAAAAAAUGCAAAGGAAGGGUUGGCAGUUAAAGUAUCUGAGGGAGAGUUUGUUUGUAUUUUCUGUGAUCGCUCUUUUAGAAAGGAAAAAGAUUAUAGCAAACACCUCAACCGUCAUUUGGUUAAUGUGUACUUCCUUGAGAAAGCAGCUGAGGGGCAGGAGUAGUUCAACUGAGAGAAGUGCAUGUCUCUACGUU